AUUAUAUCCAACCUAUGGGAGAACGAAUCGACACCACUAAAAUCAUCACCAAUGAAUCCAUACCCAUUAUUGAUCUGUCCAACUGGGACGACCCCAAAGUCGCAGAUUCAAUCUGUGAUGCAGCAGAGAAAUAGGGGUUCUUCCAAAUUGUUAACCAUGGGGUGCCCAUUGAAGUACUAGAUCAUGUGCAGGAUGCAACACAUCGGUUCUUUGGACUUCCAGCUGAGGAGAAAAAUAAGUAUUCUAAAGACCAUUCUCCUUCUAACAGUGUGAGGUUUGGCACAAGCUUUAGCCCUCAAGCUGAGAAGGCUUUGGAAUGGAAAGAUUACCUUAGCCUCUUCUAUGUGUCCGAAGAGCAAGCUGCUGCUCUCUGGCCUCCUGCUUGCAGGGAUGAAGUGUUGGAAUUUAUGAAAGGCUCCGAAACUGUGAUCAAACGGGUUGUUGCAGGUUUUGAUGAAGAGACUGAACGUUAAUGAAAGUGAUGAAACUAAAAAAUCUCUACUGAUGGGUUCAGUUAGAGUUAACCUUAACUACUACCCCAUAUGUCCAAAUCCUGAACUCACAAUCGGGGUCGGACGUCACUGCGAUGUCUCAACCCUUACAAUCCUCCUCCAAGACGAAAUCGGAGGGCUCUACGUGAAAGGACAUGACGGUGAUGACAGCUGGAUUCACGUCCCUCCGAUCAAAGGCUCCCUUGUGAUCAACGUUGGAGAUGCAUUGCAAAUUUUGAGCAACGAUAGAUACAAAAGCAUCGAGCACCGUGUGGUUGCUAAUGCUAGCAAGAACAGGAUUUCCGUCCCCAUUUUUGUGAAUCCGAGACCGUCCACAUUGAUCGGUCCAUUGCCGGAAGUUCUGGCAAACGGUGAGAAACCGAUUUACAAGCAAGUCCUUGUACUCAGGUUAUCAAUAUAAUUUUCUUGGCUGUUCAAAAAAAAAAAAGAAAAAAGAUUACGUUAA